UCUAAAUGUUAUAUGUCAUGGUUCAGCUCCUGUCCUCUAACACAAAACACCACAUUUAAUGAAAUACUUAUUCUAUUUCUUCACACUCGUUUGUUUGUAUUUAUCACGUUUCAGGCUUGCCAAACAUGAUAAUACAUUUGAACUAUAAGGCCUAAAGUCUAAACCUGCUUACAGGUGUGAGCAACCCCAUGGAGAUUAAAUGUUAAUUAAACCAAAGAAAAUGUAUACAUUUUUGUGGUGAGCCCUUAAAUGUACAGUUUGUUGUGAAGGAAAGGUAUAACAAGACGGUGCAAAUUUCUUAGCAAUGUGCCUCUUAGAUUGUGAGAUUUUUUAUUUUUGUCUGAUAUUCAAAUAUCAAAGGGCUAAAGUAGCGUUUGAAGUCCUGGUGGAGGACAUAAAGUCAAUGGGUCAACAAAAAUAAUUAGGAAUAAUCCUCUGAAUAUCAUAAAUACCAUACGCAUCACAUCAUACAUACUGUACAUCAUCAUAUCUGCUAUCUGGCAGUCUGGCCAGUAGCCAAAGUAUGUUUCUUAUGAGCCCAACAGUUGUAUGGGCUGACAGCUUUACUGCUAUGCUAUGCUAUGCUAUACUUGUUUAUUAAAUGUAAUGAGUAAAAGCUGCUCACAAUUCAUAAUAAUUACGUGUCUACAGAAAAGCUAUUCAGUCUGAACCAAAAUGGUGGACAGACCAACCAACAGACAAAUAUCACUAUCCAAAGGGAAACGAUAUAAGCAUGAAAAUAAUAUCAUGUGACCGUACCAGACAUGUACAGCACUUGCUGUUGAUUAAGCAAACGUUAUCUAUUCAUCUUGACCCUUACACUAAAUCGUUAGUGUAUUGAAAAAAAACUAAGCAAUAAUAACAAACAUCUCAUUUGGGGUCUCAUACAGUAUCACUUCACCCCAAAGAAAGGGUCUCUAAUGUUGCAAAAUGUUCAGCCAUCACCAGAGAUCUGCACGAGCAGAGGUCAUGUCUGAGUGCUGGGUGAAGUCCUGCAGUGAAGGCCCGGCAGAGGGGAGAGAACGGCAGAAGCCACAAGGGGAAAACGGAGAGAAGGAGGAAGUGAAGGCUCCCUGUGGGGACAAGGUGCCUGCAGGAAGCCUGAGGCAGGAGGAGCCAAGGGGAGAACCGGCCUCGUCACCUGACCAUAGGGACAUGCAGGAAGUAGCAUCAGGAAGUGGACUGGAACAUGUCCAAAGGGAGGAGACGCAGACUCAAGAAAAGAGAAAGAAGUUUUCCCACAUGACUUUCAACAAGGAAAAUCCAUAUAGUGGGCCAGCAUCAGGUGUGGACCUGGUGCGGCACCGCCGGAGGUCCCUCCCCAGGGAGAUGUCGACCUGCUCCUACCCAGACAGGGACAGACAGCGGCAGGUAGAGGAGCCCCGGGGGCCUGGGCCCUUCUACUUCAUUGGAGGAGCCAACGGAGCUGAAAUAGUGAGCCGUUACUGUGAGAGCAGAGGAUGGAAGAGGAUUUACAACAAGCAGAGGGAGGAUUUCAAACUCAAGUGGUGUGAGACUAAUCACAAGGCCAACUACAGUAACUUCAGAGAAGGUGAACAGUUGGUGUACCAGAUCCCCAACAACAAGGUGCUCACCACUAAGAUCGGCCUCCUCAGCAGCCUGCGGGGAGUACGAGCGGGUCAGCAGCAAAGUCAAACACGGAGCAGGACUCAGGUUGUGAGGCUUAAAAUGGAAGAGUUUAUUCCCACUACCUUCCGCAUGGAUGUGAGGGAGGAGAGGGAGGCUUUCUUUGCCCACAAUAACAAGGGUCCCAUGUGGAUCUGUAAGCCCUCGGGCCUGAACCAGGGGAAAGGCAUCUUCCUGCUGAAGAGCCAGGAGGACGUGGCGUCCUUCAGACUGAAGCUGCAGCACACGGAGGACAGCCAGGCCGACAGGAAGCUGCUCCAGCGCCCGCCUCAGGCUCGCAUUGUCCAACAUUACAUCCAGAGGCCGCUGCUCCUGAAAGGGAAAAAGUUUGAUGUGCGCUCUUAUCUUCUGAUCGCCUGCACCGCACCCUACAUGGUCUUCUUUCGUCAUGGAUACGUGCGACUGACCUGUGACCUUUACGACCCGAGUUCCAACAACCUCUCUGCCCAUCUGACCAAUCAGUACAUGCAGAAGAAGAACCCUUUGUACAGCCAGCUGAAGGAGGACACUGUUUGGACCAUGGAGCGCUUCAACACCUACGUCAAUGGCAGGUUUCGGGUUGCCAAGGGUCUGCCCAGGGACUGGGUGAUGGGCGCCUUUGCAGAGCGCAUGCAGCAGAUCAUGAUGCAGUGUUUCCUAGCAGUCAAAUCCAAACUAGACUGCAGACUGGGCUUCUUUGACUUAAUUGGAUGCGACUUUAUGGUUGAUGAGGACUUCAAGGUGUGGCUGUUGGAGAUGAACUGUAACCCGGCUCUCCACACCAACUGUGAAGUGCUGAAGGAGGUGAUACCGAGCACCGUGGAGGAGACACUGGAUUUAACUCUGGAGAUCUUCAACAAGUGUCGCCUCAAGCAGAGAAUUCUCCCUCUGGCCAGUCAGAGGGACUUUGUGCUGCUUUACAACAAAGUGGCUCCUCCUGAUUCGCUGCUGGGCUGCAGCAAGAGCAACACACAUACUGAGAUCCUCCAGAAGAGCUCCAAAAAGACUGAACCCAGAAGAUGUAAGUCAGGGACAGAAGACAAAAUGGUCCCCUCUCCAUCCCCUGAUGAUGUCUCUGGCAGUGUUCAAGGACAGGGGGGGACCAAGUCUGGCCAGCGCUCCUCCACCUCGGUUCAGGGACCUCCACAUGUACACAGCAGGCAGACUGUUAAGUAUGAGAACCCCAGGCCUCGGGUCGAAUUAAAGCCGAGUAAAUGUACUUUGGAUGACGGGGAGCAUCAGCAGCAGAAGAGGAUCAUCAUGACGCUGUCGUCACCAGGAACCUCCGUCCGUGGACCACCAUUCCCUCCUGAUGCUGGAUCUCCUGUGAGUGGGAACAAACAGGAAAAGCAGCCCAGAGAGGAUAUUUAAGUUUAUGCGAGUAAAGAGGAACUGUGAUGCAUCAUGUGCAAACAGCUGGGAUCUAAAAGGCCACAUCUAAAAAAAGGCUUGACACUUCUGGUGCUGUUUGUCUGUGAGAAAUAAACGCUUAAAUGUGACAACAAAUAAUGUAUUAAUGCUAAGUGGGUUUAUGUUAUUGUUGCUUUGUGUAUUAUUUCAUGAUAAACACCUACAAUUCCAAUUUAAGAACAGGUUUGUCUUCUAAUUAAGGUAGAAGAAAAAGGUGUUUUUAUGCUGCUGCAACGCAAACAUUUCCCAAAUUGGGAUCAAUAAAGCACUUUGUAUCUUCUUA